UUCCUGAUUCAUGUACCAGCUAUUUGACUGAAAAGCGGAAAUCCUCCUGUCGACGCAAUCUGAAAUUUGCAUAUAUAGGCCUACUAUUCAAAAGAGACUGGCUAUAUUUUGAUACGAAUUAUAUAGUGUGCGUGUUCUAUGUACGCUUAAUCAUGUCUUUAAAUAUAAGAAACUUCCAAGGCUGGCAUCCAUCAAAUUUGAUGAGCUAUGUCAAAGACUGACGCGAACUCAAUCAAUCAAAAACGCUGAUAUCGUUAUGUAUUGUAAGAGACGCUUCUACUUUCACUGUAAAGAGAAAAAAAAAUACCUGUGGAAUAGACCUGUCGCCGAUAAUAACUAAGUGCAUCAUGGCUGACAUAUAUAAUGUAAGUGACUACUUGGAUAUUAAUACAACUGAUCAAAUGCACGAUGAUCCGUGCUCUAAUUUGAACAAAAGCGAAAGUUUUUGGACUUGGAUAACAGUAUGCCGACUAAUAUUCGCUAUUCUUGGCAUCUCGGGCAAUGGACUUGUAGUAACAGUGUAUCUCAAAAAGCAUCUUAUACGCAACUCUGCUUCGUACUUUAUCGUCUGCUUAGCUGCAGCCGACCUGAUUUCUUCAAUGGCUAUGAUACCAAUCCCACGUAAAAAAUACGUCGAAAAUACCGCCCUGGGGAAUUUAUACUGUAAGGUAAUUUUUUCAUCGUUAUUGCUUUGGGUGUCCGUAUUCGCGUCGGUACUGCUUUUAACCGUCUUAACAGUUGACCGAUACAUCGCAGUAGUCUAUCCAACUAAAUAUAAGGUUAUAUUUAAAUUUGCAAGAUUGAAAUACAUGGUACUGGCCAUAUGCUUUUUCUCUUUUGUGUUUUACACUUAUAGUAUAUACAUAACAGACGUCAUAGACUGUGAAUGCCAAAUCAAAUGGCCGAACGAAGUGUUCCGGAUAUUCAUCGGUGUUUGCUUGUUCCUGUUGCAAUAUUUUUUACCUGUGUGUAUUAUGGUCGUCGUAAAUCUAAAGAUUAUCUACAAUCUGAAGAACCAGGCGAGAAACCUCAUGCGACGAAACACAUCAUGCAGAAACCCCGGAGUGUCGCUGAUGCGGGCUAGGCGAAAGAUGAUACGAAUGGUCAUUAUAGUCGUUGUUAUUUUUAUUAUAUGUUGGACUCCUGAUCAAGUCAUGCACUUUGCUUACAUUCUUGAUCUGGUCGAUGGGCAAUACCUUUACUCGGCUCCAUACCAGGGUUUCGUUAUGAUGGCGUUUUCUAACUCGUGCGCAAACCCGAUCAUCUAUAUGUUUGUCAAUGAACAGCUUAGAAAUGGCGUCAAAGACUGUCUUCCUCAAUCUAUUCGACAGCUUGUACGUAUAGAAAAUAAUAGUUACCAUGGUUCCUCCGUUGCCGUUAAAAAGGAAGGUAAAGGCACUGGAUAUGAAACAGUCUGUUGAAAUAUUCAGAAGCCGGGCACAUACUGCAUCGACGCAUACAUUUCCGCUCUCUACGAGCGCCUGACGACGCGACGCCGCAAAUAUCGGUGGCA